AUGUCACCUUUAUCAUUCCGUGUAAAUGAAGAGUAUGCCCAAUUAUCUGAAAUAAUUCCUGGUUUAUUCAUUUGUGGUGUUAAUGGGCUUACAGCAGCGAAUAUUUGUGCUUUCCGAAUUCAAUUAGUCGUAAACUGUACACGAGAGGUUCCGAACCUUAAAUGUUUGGGGCAAGUACCAAGAAUGAAAUUGUGGGUUGAGGAUACACCUGAAGAAGAUUUAUUUGCUCAUUUUGAUUUGGUUGCCGAUCAGAUGCAUGCCAUUAUUCGAGAUGGUGGCGCCGUUCUUGUCCAUUGUGUUGCGGGUGUUAGCCGUUCAGCAAGUAUUUGUCUUGCAUAUUUGCUCAAAUAUCGAACUCGGUCAUUACGUGAUGCUUACCAUUUAAUGUGUGAAAAACGGCCUUUAGUUAGACCAAAUAUUGGGUUUUGGAGGCAAUUAAUUCGUUAUGAACAGUUGAUCAAAGGUAAUAUUGGUUCAGUGCGAAUUGUGAGAGAUGAGGCACAGCCUGAUAAAUUACUUCCUGAUGUUUACCUCAAAUCUGUCAUUCCUGAUAAAUAUAGCCGUCCAUUGUCUCCCACAAAUGUUGGUGAGGAUUCUUCAGUUCAUCAUUUAAAGCCUAUGGCUGAUGAAAGUUAUUUGUCUGGACAUAAUUCUGGUCGGCAUCGUCGUCGUUCAUCUUCUGGUGGUUCAGAUCGUGUUCGUUUUGUUCCAGUUUUGGAGCCUUUGGCUGAACUUGCCGAAGCGGCAGGAUAAUUUUUGUUGUAAAGAUUAAACGAUUAAUUUAUUUAAUCAAAGAAAAUUUUUUAAUUGUUCUCAUAUUUAUCUUUCUCUCUCAUUUUUUGUUUUUUAGUAUUUAUUUAUUUUUAACCACCAUUUUUUGAAAUAAAAUAUUUUAUUUUUAAAAAUUUAAAAAAUGUUUCUUGUCGUUUAUCAAUUUUAAGAAAAUUUAACUUCUUAAAUUGUAAGCAGGGAAUAUUAUUGGAAUUAGGGUAGCACCCUGACUCAUAGGGUCCUGAGUUUUGGGGAUUGGGUUUGCCUGGGACGGCAUAUCGGGAUUCAUGUCAUGGCUAAUUUUUAUUUUUCUCUUAACUUGGCCUACUAAUGAGGUAUAACCUUUGGGGUGUGAGAAAUUUUUCUGGUAUUCCCACACAUUUUCAUAUA